UCCCAGGAGAGCAGCGCUCUGAGGAGGCAGCAGCUUCUCUGGAGGCAGCAGCUACCCUGGGUGAUUGUGGCCAGUGUUCAGCAGAGCACUCCACAAUGCCAGAAAAGCAGGAGGCAAAUGCCCAUGGCCAGCCCCGUGAGGGGCAGCCACUGCUGUACCGGCGGCGGCACCAGGUGACCCCCAGGCAGCCACAGGCGGCACCUCAGGUCACUUGGACGACCAUCACAGCCAUCCCUGGCGGCAGGCCCACUCUGUCCCUCAGACCCAUCCGGUCACGGAGCCCAACCUGGUCCUGCACACGCAGGGGCAGCCAGUACGGCGGGCACUCAGUGCCCCGCAGCAGUGUCACAGGGCCACAGAGAUUGUCCGUGUUGCACUUGCCGCCUCUCCAUGGCCCUCCGUUGACACUGGCCCCUCCACACCAUCUCAGUGGUCAAAGCUCAAGGGCAGCCACUGACUGCGUUAAGCUGCCCCCUCUGCCAGCGGCAGCAGCCUCUGGAUCCUCUCCCAGGGGCACAGCACGUGCUGUGGGAGCAGCCUGGGACAGUGUCAAGCUGCCCCCUCUGCCAGCAGCACCAGCAGCAGCCGCUGCCUCUGGGUCUUCUCCCGGAGGCACAGCCCGUGCUGCGGGCCCCACGGCCAGGGGCCAGCCAGAGCAUGUGCCAUCUCUUCCAUGGGGCACUCUGGCUGCAGGCAGAGCCCAGGGAAGACGUGUCCUGGAGAGCAGAACUGGAGGGCUCUGGAAUGGGUCAGUGGCAAGGCAGGGCCACUGCCUGCCAUCCGUGACACCUGCACGCGGCAUGCCGCUCUGCACCGGGAUGCGGCCGGCUUGGAAGCCUGUGCGGCACUCUGUCUGUGAAAACUCACAGCCCUGUGCCACUUCUGCAAAGGAGCUGGAGAAAAAGCAGCAGGAGGAAGAGCUCCCAGAAGCACAGGCUGCAGAUGAGUGGGACCAAGACUUGCAGACCCUGUUAUUUGCCCUGUUGGAGGAGAAUGAGGAAGGGGCAGAAGCUUGUGCCCUGGCUGGAGAUCCCUGGGAUGAGGGCCACAGCAAGCUCUUCCUCACAUCAGAGCCUGAGGAAACCUCAGGUUUCUCAGCUUCUCCUUGUCUGGAAGGCCCUGUGAGGAGAUGGGAUCUCGUCAGCCAGCUGAGCCCACUGCACUUCAUGAGCAGCAGUGGGUGA